AUGAUUGAACCGGACGUUUUAUGCGCAACCAAACUUGAAAUUGACAAAGGUCUUUCGACUCCCAGCGGAGAUGACUUGAACCAACAAAGUUGUCUUCCUUUGAUGGCGAAAGACGAUGAUAAAAACCUGACUGUAUUGGAAAAUGAACGCUUGGAGAAUGAGUUGAGUCUGCUUCAAUCCAAACUGACAGACUCCUCAUCAAAGCUGCAAAUGUUUCAGAACGUACACGACGAGUUGGGAACUACCAAAAGUGAACUGGAAGAAAAGAAACGUGAAAUUUCUGACAUAAAAGAGAAAAAUCUCCGCUUGAAAAAUGACGAUUCGCAGCUAAGGCGAGAAAUAAAAGACAGGGAUAACCUUAUCGCAUCCAGUCGGGCGGAAUUGGAAAAUCUCCGCGUUUGCCUUGCCGAACAACAAUUAGACACGCGCGAGUUGGCCGUGGCUACACGAGAGCUUGAGUCAAAGAAUAGAACCAUUUCUGAACUUGAAACGAAAAAUCUCCGUUUGGCCGAAAACGAUUCACAGAUGAGGCGAAAAAUGGAAGAUACCAAUCGUCUUCUUCUAUCCAGUAAGGCGGAAGUGGAAGAACUACGAGCAUCCCUUAACAACCAGACCGACACAAUCGAGCAACUGGGAGAUCAAAUGAGUAGUCUGACCCCGAGGAAUGGCGAGGAAGUCGGCAUUAAAGUCGAAAAACCAAAUGAGAUGCUGGUGAAAGAACAAUUUGAAAUGCUCCAAAACAACCCGAAGAGUCUCAACUUUCAAACACGGGAAGCUAUUUACGCCACCGAGAGUUUAUCCAACGAAAUGCAAGCCGAGAAUCAGGAACUGGAAGCGCCAGAAGAGCCAGUUUCUAAACCCAAAGACAUUCCGGUUGAAGAACGUCCAUCCAACCAACAACUUGAAAUGGACGAGAAAAAGCCGAAACCGGAGAGUUUGCCCGAGAUCAUUGACGAUAUCGAAAAUAUUUCUAACAAAGAUCCGGUGCUGGGUAAAACUGAACUAACUGAAAUCACCGAAGAGACGAUUAUAAAUGAGGAAAGUGAACAAGUUGAGGAACAGUCAUCAAAGGCUCAAUCCAAUAAGAGCACUGAUAAUCAAUUCCUUCAUAAGCAUGAAAAUCCACAGGUACAGUCCCAAAUUCCUGAAAAACCUGAACUUCUAAAUGAUCAGACAUUGGAUGAGAAACCGGAAGAACCCAGCCCAGAGAUCGUUUCUAAACCCAAGGAAACUCCGGCUGAAGUACCUCCGUCUAACGAACAACUUGAAACGGACGAGAAAAAGCCGGAACCGAAGAGUCUGAACGAGAAUUUGCAGAAGACUAUUGACGACGGCAAAAAUAUGACCAACAAAGAUCCGGUGCUAGGUGAAACUGAACUACUUGAAAUGGCCGAAGAGACGAUUAUACCGAAGGAAAGUGAACAAGUUGAGCAACAACCAUCAAAGGCUCAAUCCAAGACCACUGAUAAUCAGCCCCGCCAAGUACCAAAAGACUCACACGCAUUACCUUCAAAUCCCGAAAAAUCUCAACUUCCACAGAAACAGAAUGGGGCAAUGGAUGAGAAAGCGAAAGCACCAGAGCCGCUGCGUGAUUGCAAGCAAGGAAAAAGGACGCCCAAGCAUUUCAAAAUCAAAGUUGUGAGAGGAGUAAACUUCCCGGAAGCAAAGGAUUCUGACAAGUACUACUACGUUUCCAUGCGGUUAGAGGAAUGGCACGGCAUGAACCGCGUCCAAUUCAAGAAAAUCAAAACCAAAAUCAUCCACGGUAGCCAGCCACAGUGGAAUCAAAACUUUACCAUCAAGACUCGAAAUCCGGAAAAGUGGGUGAUGGUCAUUAAACUAAAAAAGUUGUCGAAAUGGGGUUUGAAGACGUCAAUCACGGUCUUUUCAUUCGUUAUUUGCGUAUCCCAAUUGAAAGUCAAUGAAAUCAAUAGGCUGAAACUGUACGACUGUUAUUCUCCAGUGGGACAUGCUUGUCUUGAGGUUGAGUACAAGAUCGACUACCUGCCAGAAGUCAUUCCCAGCUCAAAGAUCGUUUCUGAACCCAAGGAGACUCCCGCUGAAGUACCUCCGUCUAAUGAACAUGAACUUGAAACGGAUGAGAAAAAUCCUGAACCGAAGAAUCCGACCGAGAAUUUGCAGCAGACGAUAGACGACGGCAAAAAUGUGACUAAUGAAGAUGCGGUAGGUGACACUGAAUUACUUGAAAAAGCCAAAGAGACGAUAUUAGAGGAAAGUGAACAAGUUGAGGAACAGCCAUCAAAGGCUCAAUUCCGUGAUAAUUAUGGAGAUCCACAGGUGCAGUCCCAAAUUCCUGAAAAACCAGAACUUCUUAAUGAUCAGACAAUGGAUGAGAAACCGGAAGAACCCAGCCCAGAGAUCGUUUCUAAGCCCAAGGACACGCCUGAAGCUGUAGAACCUGCGUCUAACGAACAAUUUGAAACGGACGAGAAAAGGCCGGAACCGGAAAGUUUGAACGAGAAUUUGCAGCAGACGAUUGACGACACCAGAAAUGUGACAAAAGAAGAUCCGGUGGUUGAAACUAAACUGCUUGAAAUCGCCGAAGAGACGAUUAUACCUGAGGAAAUUGAACAAGUUGAGGAACAACCAUCGAAGGCUAAAUCCAAUAAGAGCGCUGAUAAUCAAUUCCGAAAUAAGCCUGGAGAUCGACAGGUACUGCCCUCAAAUUCCGAAAAAUCUCAACUUCCACAGAAACAGAAUGGGGCAAUGGAUGAGGAACGGGAAGUACCACAGCCGCUACCUGUUUGCGAGGAAGGAAACCAGAAGCCUUUGAAGCAUUUCAAAAUCAGAUUUCUGAGAGGAGAUAACCUUCCGAAAGCAAAGGAUUCUGACCAAUAUUACGUUUCCAUGCGGGUCGAGCAAUGCCGCAGCAUGAACCGCGUCCAGGACAAUAAAAUUAAAACUAAAACCAUCCGCGGUAGCCAGCCGGAAUGGAACAAAGACUUUACCAUCAAGACUCAUAAUCCGGAAGAGUGUCGAAUGACCAUCAAAGUAAAAAAGUCGUCGAUAUUGGGUUUGAAGACGUCCACGGUCGGAUUCGUUAAACUUGACUUGUCCAGCUUGGACGACGGCCUUAAUAAGCUGCAACUGUACGACAAGUCUUACAAUCCAGUGGGCAAAGCUUGUCUUGAAGUGGAGAUCGAGUACCUGCUGCCGGUAGUCAUUCCAAGCCCAGUUAUCGUUUCUAAACCCAAGGAGACUUCGGCUGAAAUACCUUCGUCUAACGAACGAUUUGAAAUAGACGAGAAAAGGCCGGAACCGGAGAGUCUGUCCGAUAAUUUGCAGCAGACGAUUGACGACACCGGAAAUAUGACAAACGAAGAUCCGGUGGUUGAAACUAAACUACUUGAAAUCGCCAAAGAGACAAUUAUACCUGAGAAAAGUGAGCAAGUUGAGGAACAGCCAUCAAAGGCUAAAUCCAAUAAGAGCGCUGAUAAUCAAUUCCGAAAUAAGCCUGGAGAUCGACAGGUACUGCCCUCAAAUUCCGAAAAAUCUAAUUUGUUCAACAAGAAGGACAAUCAGCCCCGCCAUGUACCAAAAGACCCACACGCAUCGCCCCCAAAUCCCGAAAAGUCUGAUUGCCAUCCCGGAAAGUGCGAUUGCGAACCCCGGAACCCUUAUAAGGAGAUCAAAAUCAGAGUUAUCGGUGGAGUAAACCUUCCGGAAGCGAAGGACAAUUAUUACGUUUCGUUGCGUGCCGAGGCAACCGAAUCAUGGUUCGGUUUGAGACACGUCCAGUCCAGGAAAUUCAGAACUAAAACCAUCCACGGCAGCCAGCCAAAGUGGAAUAAAAAAAUGAUCAUCGCUCAUACUCAGUAUCCGGAAAAUUGGAUGUUCACAAUUAAACUGAAAAAGUCGAUAUUGGGUUUGAAAACGUCCACGGUCGGUUCCGCCGUAUUUAAAGUGUCCAACUUGAUGAAAAAUCAAGUCAAUACGCUGCAACUCUACGACGAGUCUGACAAUCCAGUGGGUAAAUCUUGUGUUGAGCUGGAGAUAAAGAUAAAGUACCCGCUGACGGAAGUUAUUUCAAGACCAGAGAUCGUUUCUGAACACAAGGACACUCCGAUGCUGGGUGAAACUGAUCUACUUGAAAUAGCCGAAGAGACGAUUAUACCUGAGGAAAGUGAACAAGUUGAGGAACAGCCAUCAAAGGCUCAAUCCAAUACCACUGAUAAUCAAUUUGGUCAUAUAACAAAAGACCUACACGUAUUGCCCCCAAAUCGCGAAAAAUCUCAGCUUCUACAGAAUCGGGCAACGGAUGAGAAACCGGAAGCAGCACCAAAGCAAUCAGUAUGCGGCCAUCCUGAUUGCGAGGAAGGAAACCGGACAGCACCUAAGAAUUUCCAAAUCAAAGUUGUGAGAGGAGUCAACUUUCCGGAUGCAAAGGAUUCAGACGAAUAUUACGUUUCCAUACGGGUCGAGGAAUGGAUCGGCCUGUUCCCCACCCUGUUCAAGAAAAUAAAAACCGAAACCAUCCGUGGUAGCCAGCCGGAAUGGAACGAAGAUUAUAUCAUAAAGACUAAAUAUCAGUAUAGGUUUAAAUUGAUCGCCAAAGUAAAAAAGUUGUCGAAUUUUGGUUUAAGGAAGUCCACGGUCGGCUUCGUUAAACUUAGAAUGUCCACCUGUGACGAAGGCCUCACUCAGCUGCAACUGUACGACAAGUCCAAAAAUCGGGUGGGCGACGCUUGUCUUGAGGUGGAGAUUCAUAGACCGGCAGAGGUCAAAAGGCAAAAGCUCACAAGGAAGGCGAAAUGA